AUGGUACAAUCUCCACACUCACCGCACAGACAAGCACCGGCUACCCACUCUGAUCUGCCUCCAUCAACUCGUGCGCAACAACAUGCGAUCAUCCGAAUUGCUGUUCAAAAGUUCUACUACUCGCAGAGAGUGAUCACAACACGGCCGCCCCAAUACGCUCUACGACUCUCACCGCGAGAGAGAGCGGAAUGGGACCGUCUAGCGAUGAGACGUGAGUGCCACGCCAUCAGCAAGCGCAGCAGAUACCAAGUGACGACAGCGUUCUCACUCCACCAGCGUGAGCACUGCGAUGUACCGCGAUACUAG